AAGUUUGGGGGGAGGGUUGGUUGAUUUUUUUGUUGUUGUUGUUGUUUCUUUUCAAGGUUUUAUUUUUAAACAAGAUUCAGACUCUGAACUGGAAUAUGGAAAAUGCUGAUUUAGUUUAUUAAGGAAUUAAACCUGCAGGGAUUUUCUUUCCCCCCAGGGUGGUGGAUGUAGGAAUUUUACAUUUUUAGGUUGCCUGAGGAAAGGAAAUUCCUGCUCCCAGCUGGGAAUACCCAAAAUUCCCAAGGAUUUCAGUGCUGCCUUGAGCCAAAAGAAGAAUUCAGGCUUGAAAUUUAAUUUUAACUCCCAAGAGCAUUGGGGAAAACACCUGAAAAAACCUUGAACUUCACAAGAAGGAACUCCAGGAAUUUUUAGGAGUAGAUUCCCAGGAAUCUCCAUGACCCAAAAUCUGAUUUUUGAAGGUUCAAAAGUGAAUUUGAUGGAAGAAGGGGAGGGAACCCUGCACUUAAUUCUUAUUUUAUUCCCUUUAUCCUGCAGUCAAAAAGAAAAAAACAAAAAUCAUUAAUAUGAGAACCCAAUUUUUCCUCUCUUUGUUUUAGAUCUGGGGAAAAAAAAAAAAAAUCCUGGCAAAAUUCACUAGUUGUUUGUGUGAGUAAAAGGUUCCAAAUGUUUCUUCUUCACCAAUUUCAUUCAGUUUUGUCCUCCCCAAAAAGUCAGAAAUGUCAGGGGGGUAAAAUUGAUUUUUAUUUGGAUUUGAGCUGGUUUGGUUGCAGGUUGUGUGGGGGGAAAAAAAAAAAAAAACUAAAAAUGAAGAUUCACAUGAAAAAAAUGCUGAAUAAAAUCGAUUUUUGAUGGCACCAAACCCCCCCAAUCAGCUGAAUGACAAAAUUGGAAUAAUUGAUGGAAAACUCAAGGAAUUCCUGACCCAAAAUCCCAAUUCCUGCUUUUCCUUGGAUGAGGAAAAAUCCAUCCCCUCUCCCCACCAUCCCCCAUCCAAAAUUCCACAAAUAAUUUCAUUUUCCUCCCUCAGUAACAAAUUUCCCUGUGGUUUAAGGUGGGAAAUGAGCCAAAAAUUCUGAUUUUUUUGUUGGUUUUCUCCUUGUUUUGGGGUGUGUAUAAACACCUGUGUGGGUUUAUACACACAAAAUUUGGGGUUACUUCUUUUUUUUUUUUUAAUUUUAUUUUUUACUGUACAGGUUAUAAAGUCGGGGAAAGGUUUUUGUGUUUUCUUAAUAGGUGAAGAAAUCUCAGAAGACCUGAAAUUGCAGCUUACUGAAUUAAAUAAAUAAAAAAAAAAUAAAAAAAAAAAAAAAAAUAGAAAUUUCCCCAGCUGUGGAAGAUGGAGCCUCAUUUUUGCAGCCACUUUGAAUCCUGAGUUCAUCUUAAAAAAAAAAAAGGAGCUGGGGAUUUAAAAAAAAAAAAUUUUGUUAUUUUUGUUUUUUAUUUUUAUUGGAAGAGCUAAAAUCUCCCUGGCUGUCUCCAGUGUGCCACUUUUACCAUGGACUGAUUCCUCCAUUAGUUGUCAGAUUGUUCUGAGAGCACCUCAGAGUUUGGAAUUGUUGGCUGAGAAUUGUCAGGAGGAAAAAAAAAAUCAAAACAAAAAAAACAAAAAUUCUUUGUGCCCCUUUGUUAUUCAUUGACGGAAUCCUUCGGCCUACAGGAGGGAAGUGCAUGGCUGGGAAGAUCAAAAUCUGUGCUCAACGUGGCCAGGGUUACUUUUAAAAGAAGCUCUCACUAAGCUGAGAAGGCUCUGAAGCUGUGGCCAGGCUGGGCAGAGCCAGGAUCCUGCAGCAUGUCCAGCCAGGGUGACGACUGCUACUUCUACUUCUACUCCACCUGCACCAAGGGAGACUCCUGUUCCUUCCGGCACUGCGAGGCGGCGCUGGGCAGCGAGACCGUGUGCACCCUGUGGCAGGAGGGCCGGUGCUUCAGGAAUGUCUGCAGGUUCAGGCACAUGGAAAUCGAUAAAAAGCGGAGUGAGAUCGCCUGUUACUGGGAGAACCAACCUGGAGGCUGCCAGAAGCACAACUGCGCUUUCCACCACACCAAGGGGCGCUACGUGGACGGGCUCUUCCUUCCCCCCAGCAAAACCACUCUUCCAAGCCCCCCUGAGGCUGCAGAGGACGAGGUGAAAAUGGUGCAGCUGCAGCAGAACAAACUCUCCGUUCAAUCCAACCCCUCCCCUCAGCUCAGGGGGGUGAUGAAAGUGGAAAAUUCCGAGAAUGUUCCCAGCCCCACCCAUCCCCCAGUGGUCAUCAACGCUGCAGAUGAUGAUGAAGAUGAUGAUGACCAACUUUCUGAAGAAGGAGAAGAAAGCAAGACCCCAGUCCAACCAGCAGCCACAGAAAGCCACAAUGGGCUGAGAGUGAUUUCCACCAGGAAAUCCAAUCCCAGUGCAAAGCAAGAGGACAACUUGAAUUUCGGGAUAAAAACCUUGGAAGAGAUCAAACUGAAGAAACUCAAGGAAAAAGCCAAAAAACAAGGUGAAGGUCCUUCAGGAGUGGCUGUGGAUCCUCUCCAAGCCCGGAGCAUUCCCGUGCCGGAGAAGGAAAACGUCCGCACCGUGCUCAGGACUGUGACCCUCUCCUCUAAGGAAGGGGAGGACCCUGUGAUCCAGCUGAAUCUUCCUGACAGACUGGGCAAAAGGAAAACUGUCAUGGGUGGGAAAACUUUCCUUCCCCUGAGGAGGAACAUUGGGGAGAGGCUGGGGAGGAAAACAGAGCUGCAGGAAAACUCUGACAAGGCCCCAAAGAGAGGCACAGUUCAAGUCCUGAAGUCCCUGAAGGAGAGACUGGGGCUGCCCUCUGAGCAGAGCAGCACUGAGACAGACAAAGCUGCCAAACCCAUCGAGGAGAUCAGGGUGAAAACCCUGGAGGAAAUCCGGCUGGAAAGAGCCAACCAGAGACGAGGAGGAGAACCCCCAAAAAUGCCAGGGGAGGGCAGGAAAGCUGAAGAUCCCAAUGGGAGCCAGACCCUCCCAGCCACCCGAAUCAAACCCCUGACGGGAGCCCUGGCAGAGAAAAACCACAAAAGGUCGGGAGAGGAGAAGGAAAAAACCGAGGAAUUCUCCAGCAAAGCCAAAAGUGAGGCUGACACCAGGAAACAGAACAUUCCUGCUCCAGCUGUGGCAGGCAGAGCACAGCUGGCAGAGGCUGGGAGAGCCAAAGGGGCAGGAGAAGUUCGGAUCAAAACCUUGGAGGAGAUCAAGAGGGAGAAGGCGCUGAGGAUGCAGCAGAGCGGGGAGAACGUCCCAGUCCCUGCCCCUGCCCCGCCCGAGGCUGCCCUCAGGGGCAGGAGGCUGCUCAGGGUCACCAAGCUCCUGGCACCUGGAAGAGAAGAAAAAAUGAGUGAGCUGAACAAACCUUCCCCAAAGGGAGCUGCACCUGCUGAGAAUUCAGGCAAUCCUGGGGUGCAGGUGAAGAGCCUGGAGGAAAUCAUGUGGGAGAAACGUCAGAAACUGCAGGAGGAGAAAACCCCCAAGGGCUCUGGGGCAGCUCCAGCUGAAAACCCCGAGACAAAGCAGAGCCAGAGCCCUGAGGCUGCCCUGGGAACUGCCCUGGGAACUGCCCUGGGAACUGCCCAGCCUGGCAGGAGGAAACUGGGCAGGCUCCAGCAGGGAGCAGCAAACAGCACAGACACCAGGGGAGCUCAGGGCAGCGAGAGGAGAGGCAGAGCCAAGUCCAAGGUGUGCCUGAAGCCUCUGGAUGCCAAAGCCCCUCCCAAGCAGCCCCUGAAGAGGAAGGGCCCUGAGGGUCCCCCCCCUGCUGUGGUGGCUGUGAAGCCACUGAGUGCCACCAGUGGGGACAGCCAGGACCCCGCAGCCAAGGUUGUUCCCAGUUCUGCAGAGGCCAGCCCAGGCUCCAACCCUGGGAGAGAGAAUUCCCAGAGCAGCCCCGAGCUGCAGCCUGGGAGCCAGGGGGAUUCCCUGGCACAGUCAGAGGUGUCGGGAUCUUCCUCCUCCUCCUGCUCCUCCUCGCUGGAGGUGCCGGUGAAGCUGCGGCGCCUGAGCUCCACCGGCGCCGCCAAACCCGCCCUGUCGGUGGAGGACGACUUUGAGAAACUCAUCUGGGAGAUCUCUGGGGGAAAACUGGAAGCAGAAAUCGAUCUGGAUCCAGGGAAGGACGAGGAUGAUCUGCUGCUGGAACUGUCAGAGAUGAUUGACAGCUGAGAGGGGGAGUUUUAACAAAAAUACACAAACUGAAAACGCGGAAAAAAAAAAGACGCGACACCAAAAAAAAAAAAAACUGAAAAAGCAAAAUUCUCUCCCUCAUCCCCCACACACAAAUCCUGUAAAUGUUGUUGGGUCUGUGGAGGAGAUCCUUGCCCAGCUGGAUUGGUAGGAAUAGGCAGAGUUAUCCUGAAAUUCCCACCUGGGACAGGACAAAGCACUUGGAAUUCACUGGGGGACACAGAUCCCAUCAGAGAUCCAUCAGAGAUCCCUGAACCCAACCCUGGAGUUCCUGUGUCACCUCUGGAAUGCACAGCUGGACUCAAACCCGGGGGGAAUUCAGGAAAUCCAGGCUGGGACACGACAGCAUUUUGGGAUUUUGGACCAAGCACUGCCAGGGGGAGCCUGACUCAGCUCCAGGGGGAUUUUUCCAGCUGGAUCCAGGCGUGGGCAGCCCAAAUUUCCUCCUGGCUGCCUGCAGGAAUUUGGGCAGAGGAAAAGGAGGAUUGCUUCAAGUGCCUCUCGCUCCUGAGGAUCCCUCCCUGCUGAAGGACUGGAACAAAACCUCUCCCACCCCCCUGGGAUCAUUGAGGAGGGGAAAAGCACCUGGAAUGUUCCUCCUUGGCUGCUUCCCUCUUUUCCACCCCUUGGAGAUGGAGCUGGGUGGAAUCCCCGUGGUUUUUUUGUUGGGUUUUUUUUCUGGGAUUUGUUUUUUUUUUCCUGUAAAUAUUUUAUUCUUCCAUUUUAUAUUUGUAUGAUUGUAUUUAAGGGAUUAAAGGUAGGCUGCUCACUCUGG